AUGAAGCUCGUGAUCCGCGACGACGUGCACUCGCUGGCGGGCUACGCGGCGUCGCAGGUCGCGGCGGCGAUCAACGCGGCGAAGAAGGCGGGCAGGCCCUGCGUGCUGGGGCUGCCCGUGGGCAACACGAUGCUCCAGACCUACGCGACGCUCGCGACGAUGCACAAGCGCGGCGAGGUCGACUUCGCCCACGUCGUCGGCUUCGUGCUCGACGAGUACUGCGGCGUCGACGUCGCCGACGCGCGGAGCCACCACCACUACAUCUACGCCAACUUCGCCUCGCAAGUGAACAUCAAGCGCGAGAACCUCCACGUCCUCGACGGCGGCGUGGACCGCGAGGCCUGGGCCGACGAGUGCGCGGCCUACGAGGCGAAGAUCGCCGCGGCGGGCGGCUUCGACCUCGUCUUCUGCUCCACGGGCGGCGACGGCCACGUCGCGCGCAACGAGCCCGGGUCCUCGCUCAAGUCGCGGACGCGGCCCAAAACUUUAGCCCACGACACGAAGUCGCAGCUCGCGGAGCGCUGGCAGUGCCCCGUCGGGGACGUGCCGUCCGUGGCGCUCACCGUGGGCGUCGGCACGAUCAUGGGCGCGCGCCGCGUGCUCGUGCUCUUCGCGUCCGUGCACCGCGCGUACGCGCUCGAGCGGUGCCUCGAGCACGGCAUC